CUUUUGCGCCUCACUUUGUCCGAUUGAUUCCAUGCGGCGUUGCAAGAGGCAGUGAGAUGCACCGCUACCAGCAGCCGCAGGCCCCCAGCCGGCGGCCAGGACGGCUGCCCGUGGCCGUCAAGCGGGAGGCUGCGGAGGCAAAAUCCACGCGGCUGCGAGUGUUCACAGAAGCGGAGAAGGAUGAGAUCGGUAUCGCCACGUUGUUGGGCGAGUAUACAGAGCUCGGAAUGAACCAUGGGAGGCCAACUUUUCAGAAGGUUGAGAAUGCGGGCUCCGAGGUGAAUGUCUUCGUGUAUUAUUGGGACACGAGAGAUGGGCCUGAGUUCUCGGGCUGGUGGUUUGGAGACAAAGUUGGAGGCACACAAGUUUGGUCUCGCGCCAUGGACAGUGGCAAGGCCCCUCCGAGAAAAGGUUGGAGAGUUCCAUGGGAUGGCGAUGAGCAGCAAGGUUUGCUCUUGGUGGAGGUCAUGGACACCACGGCGGCCAUGGCGCAGCCAGUGUCCGCGUCCAAUGGGCCAAGACACGCUUCGCUGCUGAAGCAAGAGCCGGAUCCGGACCAACGUGUCAUGGCCGAGCGAGUCAAGCUCGCGAUGGAGCGAAUUGUCGCUGCAGAGGCAGAGGUUGAGCAGGCCAUAACCAGCACGAAGGAGACGCUCAGUGGAGAGGAGUUGGAUGAAAGUAGCCUCUUGGAAACUGACUCUAUCCUCCGGACGCAGCUGGACAACGUGCAGUCGGAGCAAAAACACCUGGCCAAGGAGCUCGCAGAGGGUCGAGCUGCAGGUGGCACUCAAACCAGCCUGGGUGAUCUUGCACGCUUGGCGCCGCGAGUCCGGCAGCUUGCCGUAUCCGUAGGCAGCCAGCUGACCCACGUGCAGGCAGCUCUCACGAAGGUACGUCAGCAGGCGAUGCUUGCGAAGCAAAAGGCUUCUGCUGCUGAAGUUGCCGCAGAGAGAGAACAGAAAGAUGCAGCGUCGCUGCAGGCUAUCUUGCCGGAGGCUAUGGACAUUGUGACUGCGGCAGAAGACGCAGUCGAGACCGUGGCUAUCUUGGCAGCUGCCGUGAGCGUGGAUGAGACCGACACCAGUGAGACACACAAGGCGAAAGCCAUACAGGACAUUGAGAAGUGCGCGAGCAAAGCUCAAGGCGACUUGUUGGAGGCCAAGAAACUGGUCAACGGCCAUAUGGCCGCGUGCAAGAAGUACGCCCCGGAGGCGCAGAAGGUGGCCAUUCAAGAGUUUGCCGCCUUAGAAAAGCGCCUGAACGAAGCUGCAAAAAGGCUUACUCCGCUGAAGCGCUUUCGGCAGGAGCACGAGCAAAAGGCGGCCGCCAGAAAGGCACUCAUGGAAAUCUCUCAGAAACUCAGCAGUGCUGAGCUUGAGAUCGAGAAGGCCCACAUCAUGACGUCCACAGACUCGCAGAUGGAGCAGGAUGACAUCACCUCCACCGCGCAGCUUUUGGGUCCAGCUGAGGAAGACCUGAAAAAUGCCAAGCUGCUCAUCGCGAAGCGCCUAAACGCCACUUCCAAGGAUGACCUGGAGGAGCUCCACCAGCGGGUUGCCGAUGCCAGUGCAAAGCUCACGACGAUUCGCCAAGUGCUCGCACGCCAAGAGGAGGCUCUUGCAGUGGAGAGGGCGCUGAGUGAGGUUCACGAGAAGAUCGAGCAAGCUGAGGAGGCUUACCUUGCAACUUCUGAAGCAGAAAUGCCGUUCUUGAAAGGACUCGAGGUGUUGCCUAUUCAGGAGGGCAUGCAAGCUGUCGCCCAGUGCGAGGCUGCGUGCGAGCGCUGUGAAGGUGCCCUGGACGUGGCUAGGAAGUUCCUCAACAAGGUAGAGACGGAGUCCAAGACAAAAUGGUCCAAGGAGGGCCAGAAGCAUUUAGCAGCUGAGCUGAAGAAGUGCAGAGACAGAGGUGAAGAAACUCACCAGAAGCUUAGAAUCUUCAAGAAAGAAACUCGGCAGCGAAAAGCGAAAGCAAUGCUUCAAGAAGUGAGCGAAAAAGUCGCUGAAGCUGAGAAUCAAAGCCAAGCUUUGGCUGAGGUCGUGAAAGUGUUGAGUGCCGAGCUUGACAAGGUCACUGUGGAAGCGUUGAAGCUAGCGAUUGACCAGUCUAUCGCAGCUGAGAAGGAAGCCGUGCGGACUUACAAUGCGGCCCGCGAAGUGAUGUCGGCAAAGCAGAAAGAAGUCAAGGAUCCCCCGCUGCUGAUGGAGCUCACAAAGCUGCAGAAGAAGCUGGCUUCUGCACAUCAGGAAAUGGUGAAGAGCAGGCAAAUUGCGAAGGGCGGAGAGCAGCUGAUCAAGGACAAGAAGGUCGUUCUUGAAGAAGAACGGAAAGUUGGUCUGAUGGAGACAUUAGUAGAGAAGGCGGAGAAGAUGAUGCCUGCGGAAGACCAAGAUGUGAAGAAGGAGGAGUUGAUCCAGAUCGACUCAGCAAUCAAAUCUGCCAAUGCGGCAGUACAUGCCAGCCAGAGAUCUCUUGAUAAACAUUUGGCAGGUGACACUUCUGCAAAGGCAUGUCUGAGCAAGCUCGUGUCGCGGGUCAAAGAAGCCGCGACGAAGAUGGAGAAGAUAAAGAAGACCACCAAGACUCAGCGGGAGAAAGCCUCGGCGGAGGUCAUCGUGAAGGCAGCAGAGCAACACGUGGAAGCAGUGGAGGCAGCACUUCAAAAAGUGGCGGAGGCCGAGCUGCCAUUCCUGAAGGGCAUCGAGGUGAUUCCUCUAUCGGAAGCCUCCUCUGCCAUCGCAGAGUGCGAGCAAGCUGCUAAGCAAGUCCAAGAGGCCUUGGAGAGAGCCAAGUCCCUGAUAGCGACAAAGACCAUCGAAGCCAAGAAGUUUGCCGAGGUGGCUUCAAAGCCUUGCCUGGAGAGAUUGGCGCUUCAAGUGGAGCGGAUCAAUGCGGCUGCCGCCAAGCUGUCGCAGUUCCGCAAGGACACAGAGAGCCACAAGCGCACCUCCCAGAUGCACGAGGCAGCAGAGAUGCUGAAGAAGGCCGAGGAGGAGGUGGAGAAGACCAUUGAGGCGGGUGCACCGCUGGACACCGAGGACUUGAGCAUUACGCCGGAGGCGGCCACAGAGGUUUGCGCCAAGCUGGGGCAUUUGGAGAAGGCAGCCAACAAAACAGUGACCGAAGCCUUGGUCUUCCUGGCGGAGAGACGGAAGGACGUCAAAGGCACUCCCAAAGAAGUCGAAUUGGAGAAGAUGCAAGCUCAGCUUAUCAAGAUAAAGGCAAAGCUGCAGACUGCGAAGAAGAAUGCGUCUCAGCAGGAGCAGCGCUUUGUGGCGAGGAAGUUGGCGGCAGAGGCCGCGCAGCGCGGCGAGGAGGUCGAGGAGGAGCUGAAGAAGGUCCAGGCCGCAGCAGAGCCGCUGCAGCAGAGUUCUGGAUUCCUGGUGCAGUCCAACGUGCAGCGACUCGCGGCAGUCGUUCAGGAGCUGAAGGCGAAAGAUGAGCUCAAGCAGGCCGGCAAAGACAUGACGCUGGGAGCUUUUCGGGCGUUUGUCGCGAGACUUGCGGAGGAACAUAACUCAGAGGACAGUGUGUUUUCGGAGGCCGAAGUGGAGGCCAUGUUCCAUCAUCUGGAUGCUGACAACAGCGGCGACUUAAGCGAAAGCGAGUUCCAGGGCAUCUUUGCGGAGCAGUUUGCCUGCGUGCAGCCCAUCUCCAUGACGGAGAGCUUCUCCAUCACGGAUGGGAAGAGCGUGGCCAAGCUGGAGGUGGGGUCCGUGGUGGAGGCGCUGGGAAUGCCGCAGUUUGAUGAACACCAGAAGCUGACUCGUCUACACUGCCGCCUCGCUGACGACAUGAAAGAAGGGUGGGUGACAAUGAAGGGCAAUCAAGGUAAAGUCUUCCUGGAUCGCCUUUCACCCCACAACACCAGCUUGAAGGCCUUUGAGAGGAUGCGCCAGGCAUCUUGCAAGGUUGUUGGCAAGGCCUUGGGCUAUCUGAACAGCACACGAAAGACCCUGGCGGAUUGCGACCGUGGUCCAUUGGUAGAGGCUAGAACGAAGAUGGACGAGCUGAGAGCGAAGGUGGUGGCCUCUCAGCAGAAGCUGGAUGAAAUAAAGAAGAAGGUUGAGGAAGCAGCAAAGGAGUACAGUAAGCGUGAGGCGGCUGAGCGUCAAGCGCGCAGCAAUGCUCGCACUCGCCGUUUGCUGGACUCCAUCUCCAAGGAGAUCGAUGAGAAAUGCGAGAACCUCCGGCAAGAGGCAAAGCGGAUCAGAGAGGUCAUCGACCCCUUGAAUAGCACCGCAGACUUGGAGGCAGUGGCCACGCCCAGCUCCAUUCUCAGAGACGGCGAGCAAAUGUCCGCGAAGCUGGCGGACGAGAUGGCUGCAGUCAGGAAAUUCAUUGAAGAGCACGAAGCUCCGAAGAGCGCAGAAGGAUGUGCAACUCAGAUCAAGCAGUUGCUUGCCAGCGCUGUUUCCAAGUUGGACGCGCUCGGAAAGCUGAACGCCCAGCACAUGAAGGUGGCGCGGAGCUCUGCGCUGAAGGUCGGGCAAGCCGCCCUCCGCAAGGCCCAGCAGGCCAUGCGGACAGAGGCGCUCCGGCGAGAGCUGGGCGUGGAGGCCCUGUUUGAUGAGAUGGCUGGCGAAGGCGAGGUGGCCAGAUCUGCAAUGCAGAGGCGUCUGGAGUCACUGGAGUUGUCCCUCUCCUCGGAGCAGGUGGCUUUGCUGCUGGACACCAUCAUGGAGAGCAGCUCUGAGGAUGCGGUCAUCUCAAGAUGGCGCUUUCUUCGGAACUUCCAGCAAUUUUAUGAGUGCCAGAAGAACAUCGCUUUGACCACCGACUUUGUAAUUUCCAACUGCAAGCCAAAGCGAUCGCUGAAUGCGUCGGAGGUUGUCGAGGUCUUGGAAGGUCCACAGCGCGAUGAGAAGCUCGGCAUCGAGCGGAUACGCGGCCGAGCUAUGCGGGAUAAUCUGGAGGGAUGGGUGAGCAUCAGCGGCAACCAGGGCACGGCCUUUCUGAAGGAGCGGCCCAAGCCUUUUGUCGUUUGCCUCAUCGAUCUCCCUUUGGAGAAGGACUUCCUGAGUUCUGGAGAGCCACCAAUUAGGUUGCUCAAGGCUGACGAAGUGCUGGAACAUCUUGAGGGCCCUCGGUCGGACACCAGCGAAGCUUUAAUGCGCGCUCGCUGCAAGGCCUUGUCUGAUGAUGCCACUGGCUGGAUCACACUGACGAGCCAGCAGCAGGUGACUGCUGAGAAGGGCCACCAGAAGUUUUUCAGCUGCAAGAACGGUGUGGCUAUCACUGAUGGCCCCAACAUCAAAGCUUGCAAGGUCUUCCGAAAGCUGGAAGCUGGUGAAGUCAUCCGGCUUUUGGAAGGGCCCGAGGUGGACAAGGACUCUGGGGUCACCCGCAUCAAGGCAGCGUGCCUCAAGGAUGGCCUGGAGGGCUGGGUGACGACGCUUGGCAACGCAGGGACGCUGUACGCAGAGGAGCAGACGCAGUAUUACACUGUGCUUUGCGAGGCGCCGCUCCAGAAAGCCAAGCACAGCACCUCCGAGACUGUGCGGGCGCUUCGCCGGGACGAGGCCAUCGAGGUGCUCGAGGGUCCUGUGGAGUUCACGCCGGAGAUCACGGAACGGCUGAAGGCCCGAGCGGUCAAUGACGGGGCAAUGGGCUGGGUGACAGCCACCACCAAAAGGCUGAAGCGUUGGUAUCCUACGUACAUGUGCAAGCAGAGCACUGUCCUUCAAGACACCUUGGCUACCAAGAGUGCCAAUCUGGUUCGCAGAGUAGAAGAGGGCGAGGUUCUGGAGGUUCUGGAUGGGCCCAAGGAGGAUGCAGAAGCCGGACUCCUGAGAGUCCGCGCCAAAGCUCGCAAAGAUCAAGCGAUAGGCUGGAUCACCCUCCGAGGGAACCAGGGCACACUCUUUCUGGCUCAGUGGACGGCACGAGACGAGCAGCUGGCAAAGCAGCCCAAAGAGCAGAAGGAGAAGGAGCAGAAGGAAGAGAAGGAAGAGAAGAAGGUAGCCACAAGCAAGGCCGUUGCUGAAGAAAGAGGGCUGGGCAAGACUGGUGUGUGGUUGAGCGAUGCUCCAAUGAUUCACAGAACUGAAGGCUUAGUCUUUGCUGAAGCCGUGCGUGUAGAUUCAGCAGAUGAGACAGGAUGAGGACAGUUGCUGACAGGGCAAGCAGGCCGUUGCUGAAGAAAGAGGUUGCCGAAAGGUGGAUUGACCGCACUUUGCAAGUUGCUGUUGCCAGGGCUGGGCAAGACUGGUGUGUGGUUGGGCGAUGCUCCAAUGAUUUACAGAACUGAAGGCUUAGUCUUUGCUGAAGCCGUGCGUGUAGAUUCAGCAGAUGAGACAGGAUGAGGACAGUUGCUGACAGGGCAAGCAGGCCAUUGCUGAAGAAAGAGGUUGCCGAAAGGUGGAUUGACCGCACUUUGCAAGUUGCUGUUGCCAGGGCUGGGCAAGACUGGUGUGUGGUUGGGCGAUGCUCCAAUGAUUUACAGAACUGAAGGCUUAGUCUUUGCUGAAGCCGUGCGUGUAGAUUCAGCAGAUGAGACAGGAUGAGGACAGUUGCUGACAGGGCAAGCAGGCCGUUGCUGAAGAAAGAGGUUGCCGAAAGGUGGAUUGACUGCACUUUGCAAGUUGCUGUUGCCAGGGCUGGGCAAGACUGGUGUGUGGUUGGGCGAUGCUCCAAUGAUUUACAGAACUGAAGGCUUAGUCUUUGCUGAAGCCGUGCGUGUAGAUUCAGCAGAUGAGACAGGAUGAGGACAGUUGCUGACAGGGCAAGCAGGCCGUUGCUGAAGAAAGAGGUUGCCGAAAGGUGGAUUGACCGCACUUUGCAAGUUGCUGUUGCCGGGGCUGGGCAAGACUGGUGUGUGGUUGGGCGAUGCUCCAAUGAUU